AGCUCCAUCACAUCAUAAACUUGGUUAGCUGGCACAGAGGGGAGAGAGAUGGGUAUGCUUGCAGCAGCAGCGACUUCUCGCCCACGCAGACAAGCUUUGUCUCUCAUCUCUGGAGGAGGAGGUAGGAUGGUUCAAUCUUCAAAUCAAGGUCCCAUGGCGAGCUUAUUGGUGGGAGUGGAUUUAGGUGGCAGUGGUGGAUAUGAUAGCAAAAGCACCAUAGUUUUGAGACAUGGGAAUAGGAAGGAGAUCAUCGUGAGUCAAAGAUGCAUCGUCUCUCUAUUCUUCCAGCAGCAGCGAGGACAAGGAGCAUAAGCAUCGCCGCUGCCGCUGCCGCCACCGACUCUUCUAACAAGGAUGAUGACCAUGUCAAUGGCCAGGAUCCACCAGCUGAGAAUGGCAUUCUCAUCAUCUCUUCCAACAUCUCCACAGAGCUACCCCUCUACGAACCACCCGGGGCAGACAUCUCGUUCUCUGUCUUUUCCCUUCCAUGCUCCCUUUUCUAUGCUUCUUAUUCCAGAUGGUUUUGGCACAGGUCUCCUUUGAUGAAUACAUAAAUGAUCGAGCUCGAGUCUUCCGUGCAAUGUGUCAGGAUCCAGAGGCUCAAUGAUGUGUGGCUCUCUCAUGUUCUAUUUCCAAGUAAGGCUAUUAACAUGAUGGCUAAUUGAUUGCAGGCGGAAUGGAGGAUCCAGACGCAGACCAUACACUUCCUAUUUGCAUCCGUGAGUCUGGUGAUCGUCAUGCGUUUGAGAUGCAAAUCAUCGGCCGUUCCUCCCAUCCUGGAGUCCCAAGCUACCAGAUGGGAGCUUCAGGGCCUCCAAGGCAUCGAAAUGCCAUCCCGUUUCACUCUCAGUUGGCACGGGACUUUGCAUGCAGAGAGGGGAGGUGGCGGCAGCCAUGUCAAGGGUCAGCUGGAGAUGAGCAUCAGCUUAGCUCUUCCUCCAGUGCUCGAUCUGGUCCCAAAGGAUAUCCUCAGAGCUAUGAUUGAGUCGGUUCUAAAGAGGUUCCUGCAGAACAUGAAGCACAAAGCGGACGCUAGCUUGGUUUCAGAUUUUGAGAAGUAUCGGAGGGAACAGCUGAUGAAACAUGGACGGGCCUCUCAGCAUCCAGAACCUGUUCCUGAGCUAGACGGGGAUUCCUGAGCUUGGAGUCGCAGGACCUCAAGCUUUAUCUGAGAAGGAAACAAGAAAGAAAGAAAGAAACAUGAAUGUGAUUGA